CAUCGCCACCGUAUGAGAACUCUCGCACUGAUUGAUUUGAUAGAUCCCCAAGAAACAAAAACUUUUUCUCAUUCGGCUUGUGGAAGUCUCGUGCCUGGGUUGUGCUGUUGCUAUCGACAAAAGUGUGGUCAUCCAUAUUGUGUGCCUCCCCUUCCUGCCGUUGUUGUUUUCUUCCUCACAAAGCUGCACUGAUCGAUUGGAAAUACGAACAAGAAGAAAAUACUGGCAAUGGACUCUAUGAUGGACAACAAUUCUACCGUUGCCGGAACAGAAGAACAAAUGGGGAUGGAAAAGAGUUGGGAAAAGUUUCCCGGGCAUAUUCUGCCUGCUACUGUGUUCUCUGCUUUCGGGUUGUAUGCCCUUGUCAAGACAUUGCAGAUGACCAAGCGUCUUCCUCCUGGACGAUCAUUCACUGAGGUCCACCUUCCAUUGCAAGACAAGGGAAUUAUCCGAUGUAUUGGAAUCUGGGUCAUGCUAUUAACUGUCGCCGGGGGGGUCUAUCACUCUCUCGGGGAGGGAAUUGAUAUGAGCAUCCGUCUGCACAUGAUAUUGUACUCGUGCUUCUUUAUGGUUGGUUUGGUUGCCUACUUGGAAUCCCAAGAACGACUUGCUCCCGACUCGGGACGUACCGCUCUGGCCCUAGCUCUAUGUUUGUGCUGUUUCAUUUGGCGAGCCCAUGGCAUGUCGAUGCCACACGGAACAGACCAAUCCGUCCAUAUAUACCUUGGCUACAUCAAUCUGGCUGAUGGAAUUGCAUUUGGUUACUCUGUCAUGCGAACAGAUAGCAUUGUAGCACACAUCAGCUCUUGGGCUCUCAUGCUCCUUCAAGGUCUCUGGCUUUACUUCAUUGCCUUUUACCUGUGCUGCUUUGAACUCAAUCCACACAUGGUAGAGGCGCACCUGGUUUCCAUGGUUGUGGCCAUGACAAUCCUCAUCGCUCUGGUGAUUGCUUCUGCUGAUCUCCCUCAAGUCAAGGGUCAAUGGGCCAAGCUCCAGCUCCAGGAUGGCCGAGGGGAAUAUGAAGUCCUUACGAAAUCCUUCCAUCGACAUGAAUCACAUAUCCUUCACGGAGACACGGAAUGUAGCGAUGGAUCGUCUCAUAGUUCUCUUGGUGCUGCUGACGAUCGAUGCUAGAACUGUCCAAUGUAUAUGUUGCGUGCUCGUUUCAAUGUGUCUAUAAAAUCAUCUGGAUUGAAUGUGGUGGUGAAUGUGAGUGAAUGGUACCCAUACUUACUUCUGUAGCCUAUUAACGGUAUUAGCUGAGCGAUUUCAUCG